AUGAGAAAUUAGACUGGGCUCAGGCUUUCAGCUUCUUGGGGGGAGAGAUGUGAAAAGUUAUGCUGAGGGUAUGUGAGGCAGGAGUAGGAUAAAGGCCCCUUCAAGAAAAGGUCUUGGAUUUACUAACCUGUGAAAAGAAGGGCCAGAAGAUGUGCUGGUAGCUCCAAGAUGCUUUCUAUCUUGGGAAAAGAGGUUUGAUGUGGACAGGGCAGCAUUCCUAAAGCACCAUAAACAAGGCCAGGACCAAUAAUGGCUUUAGAAAUGAAGUGAAGUUCUCACAAUUAAGGUGGAGAACGAGGACAGCUACGGAUGGGCGCAUAAAUACACAGAAAGGCAGGUCUGUGUGUGCACUGUGGCCUCCAGUGCUGAGACGACACCUCCUGCACACAUCGCUUGGCUUGGACUAAAGAGCUACCUGCAGCAUGAAGGCAACAGGUGCCUUAGUGCUUCUCAGCCUGCUGCUGCUCUCUUUCUUCUCGGAUGUUGCAGGUCAAGACACUGAAGAGGUUAGCGCAGUUCUCUGCUUACUGAAUCUGCACUGUCUGGAGGAAUGGAUUUGUAGAGAGUUCGUAAAUAGAAGCGUGUACUGCACAAGGGAGUCCAACCCUCACUGUGGCACGGAUGGCAUCACAUAUGGAAACAAGUGUGCUUUCUGCAAGGCAGUGCUGAGAAGCGGAGGGAAAAUAAGAUUGAAGCACGUGGGGAAAUGCUGAGUCCUCACUGUCACCCAGCAGCAAGAGUUGACCCCCCAUCAGCAACAGCCACAGACGCCUGUUCAAGGGCAGGAGAGCAGCUUGCCCUCAUCUCCACCAUCUCUGCUCAAUAAA